GGGUGGUGGAGGCGGGUCAAGAUGGCGGCACCUUUGAGGAUUCAGAGCGACUGGGCCCAGGCUCUCAGGUGGGCUGAAAUAAAAUAAACCUUAUUACUACAACACCAGAUGUGUAAUAGGAAGAACACUGACACUUAUUGAGGAUCACCUUUGAGAGAACACAAGUCCAGAAUCAAGAAGAAGGACGAAGGGGAGGCCUGGCUGAGCUGUCACCCCCCAGGGAAAUCAACUUUGUAUGGCAGCCUAACUUGUCAAGGAAUUGGCCUUGAUGGCAUCCCAGAGGUUACAGCUUCUGAAGGAUUUAUUGUGAAUGAAAUAAACAAGAAAAGCAUUCAUGUUUCAUGUCCAAAGGAAAAUGUAUCUUCAAAAUUUUUGGCACCAUAUACUACUUUUUCCAGAAUUCAUACGAAGAGUAUAACAUGCCUGGACAUUUCCAGCGGAGGAGGCCUUGGUGUGUCUUCUAGCACCGAUGGAAGCAUGAAGAUCUGGCAGGCUUCCAAUGGAGAGCUCAGAAGAGUAUUGGAGGGACAUGUGUUUGAUGUGAAUUGUUGCAGGUUUUUCCCAUCAGGCCUUGUGGUUCUGAGUGGGGGAAUGGAUGCCCAGCUGAAGAUCUGGUCAGCUGAAGAUGCUAGCUGUGUGGUGACCUUCAAAGGUCACAAAGGAGGUAUCCUGGAUACAGCCAUUGUUGAUCGGGGGAAGAAUGUGGUAUCUGUUUCUCGGGAUGGGACAGCACGACUUUGGGAUUGUGGGCGCUCAGCCUGCCUGGGAGUCGUUGCAGACUGUGGUUCUUCCAUCAAUGGAGUGGCUGUGGGUGCUGCUGACAACUCCAUAAACCUCGGCUCCCCUGAGCAGAUGCCCAGUGAACGAGAGGUUGGAACAGAGUCGAAAAUGCUGCUGUUGGCCCGAGAAGAUAAGAAACUUCAGUGCUUGGGACUGCAGAGCAGGCAGCCGCUGUUCCUCUUUAUUGGCUCAGAUGCCUUCAACUGCUGUACUUUUCUCUCUGGCUUCUUGUUAUUGGCUGGUACACAGGAUGGAAACAUUUAUCAGCUGGAUGUAAGGAGUCCAAGGACUCCAGUACAAGUCAUCCACAGAUCAGGAGCACCAGUUAUGUCUCUGCUGAGUUUCAGAGAUGGAUUCAUUGCUAGCCAAGGUGAUGGAAGCUGUUUCAUUGUCCAGCAAGACUUAGACUAUGUGAUUGAGCUCACUGGGGCUGACUGUGAACCUGUAUACAAGGUAGCCACAUGGGAGAAGCAGAUCUACACAUGUUGUCGAGAUGGUCUUGUGCGACGCUAUCAGCUCUCUGACCUCUGACCCCUUGGGAAGAGGAGUCCCAAUAAAUGAAAAGGAUUGACUCUGAUCAACAGUGAGCAGAAACAUCAUCAGGGACCAUGAAACGACCAUGAGUGAUCUUUGUUGUAUUGGGUACCCUUCAGAAACAAUAGAAAGUCAGCUGCUUUGGCCCAUGUGGAGCUGUCAUUCCAUGACAAGACCCACUUUGAACUGAGUAAGAAGCUCACAUGUGCUCGCUGCAUUUGUCCCAACUUCUCCCUUAAACUCAGCCCAGCACAUAGGGCAGGGAAAUGGAUGCUUAUAGUGUGAUUCCACACUGAUUGUGUUCAGUGUUUACAAGGACUGGAGAAAUAAAGCCUGUUCUCUGGAGGAAAUAAAGAGAAUAUGGAGGAAUCUGAAUUUGA